CAGGGCGACGUCACUACCGGCAGAAUUUGGGACGCCAGGAAGUCCAGAGUGUGCGCCGCUGGAUGAAUGAAGCCGAACGGCAAACUUCUUUCAUUCAUUCAACUUUACCAAAACAUUUGAUAGCGUUAGCGAAGCUGUAGACGGUUCCUCACUGUCCCAGGUGUACGUGCGCAUAGUUGUUACUGCAGCUGGAAGCGUCUGCGCUGGUCUGUGCGUGUGCAUACCCAAGUCCAGCUGCAGACGACCGCGUGGGAGUGUGCAUGUGCGCCGAGAGCUCGAGUCAUGUCAGUGUCAGUGAUCAUAAAGUGGGGAGGUCAGGAGUACUCCAUCAGUUCUCUGUCUGAGGAGGACACAGUGAUGGACCUGAAGCAGUCCAUAAAGACCUUGACUGGGGUGCUGCCAGAGAGACAGAAACUGCUUGGACUCAAAGUCAAAGGUAAGCCAGCAGAGGAUGAGGUGAAGCUGGGCUCUUUGAAGCUGAAGCCAAAUACCAAGAUUAUGAUGAUGGGUACGAGAGAGGAGAGUCUGGAAGAGGUGUUAGCUCCUCCCCCAGAAAAUGAUGAUGUGGUCAAUGAUUUUGACAUCGAGGAGGAGGUCAUUGAAGUGGAAAACAGAGAGGAGAACCUGGCAAAAAUCGCCCGCAGAGUGAAAGACUAUAAGGUGGAGGAGCUGAACCCUCCCAGGGAAGGCAAGCGGCUCCUGGUAUUGGACGUAGACUACACUCUGUUUGAUCACAAGUCAUGUGCAGAAACGGGUCAGGAGCUGAUGAGACCAUACCUUCACGAGUUUCUGACAUCAGCCUACGAGGAUUACGACAUUGUCAUCUGGUCUGCUACAAGUAUGAAGUGGAUUGAUGCCAAAAUGAAAGAGCUGGGAGUGACAGACAACCGUAACUACAAGAUAACAUUCAUGUUGGACAGUGCAGCCAUGAUCACAGUACACACCCCUAAGAGAGGGGUUGUAGAGGUGAAGCCUCUGGGUGUGAUAUGGGGGAAGUACGGAGAAGUUUACAACAAAAAAAACACCAUUAUGUUUGACGACAUAGGACGAAAUUUCCUCAUGAACCCACAGAAUGGACUAAAGAUUCGACCCUUCAUGAAAGCCCACCUCAACAGGGAGAAGGACAGGGAGCUGUAUAAACUGGCUCAGUACCUGAAAGAAAUAGCCAAGCUUGACGACUUCAGUGGACUCAACCACAAACACUGGGAAAGGUACCUAUCUAAAAGGCAGCACCACUGAGAAGGGAGUGCAUCUGAUGCCACCAUCAUAUCAUGAAGUUC